CUAGCCUCCAGCUUCCCACAGAGGCGCCUAUGUCUCUUUCCGUUACCCACGAAAACUCAGAAUCCGGGCCUAGCUUACGUCGACCAUCAUCCAUCCUUGAAAACUCUACCCUUGAACUCAUUGACUCUGAAGAAGAAGACGAAGGAUUCAGACCAUUUACAGGGCAUAGAAAUGGUAUUAUGGCAGUCGCAUAUGCGCCGGACGGCAGGCAUCUAGCCACCGGUUCACCUGACAAGACUAUUCGCGUAUGGGAUGUGAGGACGGGCGUGCAGGUUGGAGAGCCGAUGGAGGGUCAUACGGACGAGGUGAAUACCAUCUGCUACUCUCCUGAUGGCAAAUAUCUUGUCUCAGGCGCCGAUGAAGGGACGAUACGCAUCUGGAAUGUCGAGAACGGGGCAUAUUCUCCCGCUGGGGAGCCUAUCACGGCGCACUCCAGCUGGGUCAUGACGGUCAGCUACUCACCCAACGGAGGGCUCAUUGCCAGUGGUGGCAACGAUAACCUGCUCAAGUUGUGGAACCCCCAGACCCAGACCCUUGUCCACGAGUUCAAAGACCACGAGAAAGCAGUGAGGCAGGUAGCAUGGUCCCCCAACGGCAAACUCCUCGCCACGGGCUCGAACGACGACAAGAUCAGGAUCUUCGAUGUCGAAAAGCGCAAGCUUCUUAUGGAUCCUAUCACAGGGCACAGGGAAUGGGUCCGAGCCGUCGUUUUCUCUCCGAACGGGAAGUUCCUUGCCAGCGCAUCUGACGACCAUAGCGUGCGCGUCUGGAGCCUUGAGUCGGGCAAACUCGCUAAAGGCCCAUUCAGGGGGCAUACCUAUUGGGUCGGCUGCAUUGAAUGGUCUCCAGAUGGCAAGCGUAUUGUUAGCGGCGCACACGACAAAACCGUCCGCGUAUGGGACGUCGAGAGCGGUCAACAUAUUUUCGGAAAGCCGCUGUAUGGGCACUUCAAUGACAUUCGCGCCGUGGCCUACUCUCCAGAUGGGGAGUUCAUUGCCUCAGCAGACAUGGGCACUCGUCCCCGCGUCCAGAUCUGGAAUGCGCAGACGGGAAAGCCCCAUUUCCCUUUGAUUAAAGACAAGCAACAGGACGCAUUUGAGCAGGAAGCAAAGAAGCCACGCUCGGAGGACCGUGAAGUCAGCAAACCCGGCAAGAUGCGUGCUGGCUCAGCCAUUUUGGCAGUUUGUUGGUUCCCUGACGGACAUCGUUUUGCAAGCGCCGGCGAAGACUUUGUGAUUCGCUUGUGGGAUGCAACCACGGGUCUCCAAGAUGGUGAGAUCGCUAGCCAUGAACAACCUGUCAAUGGUCUAUCCAUUUCUUCCAAUGGCCACCUACUUGCUACCGCGUCUGAUGAUCGUACCAUUCGUCUGUUCAACCCUGAUACGAAGGAACUGCUUCUGCCACCCCUUACAGAUCAUUUCGAAUCCGUGUAUACUCUCACGUUCACUCCUGAUAGCUCGCGUCUCGUCAGCGGUGGUAUGGACAAAACCAUCCGAAUAUGGAACACCUUUACAGGCCAGCACUUGUACGUCAUAGAAAAACACACCGAGUCCGUGCGCUCUCUUUCUAUCUCUCCGGACGGAAGCAAACUCGCGAGCGGCGGCAAUGAUAACUAUAUCUAUGUCUGGGAUAUGCUCUCCUACGAACUGCUCGCGGGCCCAUUCGCGCAUGACGACUGGGUCCGCGCAAUAUGCUUUUCACCCGACGGCACGCGCAUCCUGAGUGGGUCAGACGACUACUGGGUCCGCGUGUGGGACGCCUCAAGCGGCGAGCUUGUCUUUUCCCGUAUCGAGAAGCAUACGGACUGGGUGGGUGCCGUAGACUGGUCAAACGAUGGCAGGCUACUCCUUAGUGCCUCGCACGACAAGACGGUGUGGGUAUGGGACGCACGAACGGGCGAACGGGUGCUUGGCCCGCUGAAGGCACAUAAAAAGGGGAUUCGGGCUGCUGCUUUCUCGCCUGAUGGCACACGUUUUCUUACAGGGUCUUUGGCACAUACCCUUCGUCUAUGGGAAACGGAUACCAGCGAGGUCAUACAUAGACAAGAGGGGCCAAGUUCGUCAGAAACUGAUUCGGGAUCGGAGUCGGAUUCGCAAUCUGGAGAGCAAUCUGAAGCUGAUUCGGAGUCAGAGAACAAUGGUCCGAAUAAUCCAAAGGAAGCCACGGCGACUCCAGCAAGCCGGCGAGCUCCGGGACGACAGAGUACAGAUGACAGUAUCUUGAAUGUGAGCUAACAACCAUUCUUAGAUGCUAAGCAUGGUCCGUCAACACGUGUUUUUUUAGUUGCCAGCAGUUCCUACCAGGUUCGAUUCCAAGCAGCAGAAUUCA